GACGAUCUUCGAGAGAGUAUUCGGCGACUCCGGGAGAUCAUAAAUUCUAGGAUCGACGAUAACGAGCUUAUAAACGAUGCAAAGAGUGUUCUCUCUUUGUUAUUGUGCUUCCAAUUCGAGCGAAAUGGGAUGAUUGUUGAUCUAAACGACGGGAUACAGCUUGCUAAGUCAUUGAGUCCCCCAAAAGAUAGGGUUACCGAGGCCGGUCGUCUGAACACCCUCAGCAUGCUUUGGGCGCGUAAAUAUGAACAUACUUCAAACAUUGCAUUCCUGAAUACGGCGAUAGAAUUCUAUCUUGAAAAGGCCAUUGCAAAUGUUGAGAUGGCAAUCAAGAAUUGCACAUCGCCGGGCCUAGACUUAGCCUCUUAUAGGUCAAACUUGUGCAGCCUUUUGGGUCAGCGCUAUGAGUAUACUCGACGUCUAAGCGAUAUUAACCAGGCAAUAACGGAGGGUGAGCUGUCAGUCAAGAGCUCAAAGCGAAACGCUAUAGACCACCUUCGAGCAGUGAGAAACCUUGGAGAGAACCUGGCCCGGCGGAACAAUGCAGGAGACAUCGACAAAGCCAUCGAGAUGUGGAAUGAAGCUCUUGGCACAACAUAUUUCCCUCCUAUCUACCGGGCCAAUCUUGCCGUUGAAGUGCUUCAAAUUCUCAAAAAGCAUAAGAAAUACAUCCCUGCGCUCAAAAUUGCAAGAUUGGGACUUGGGUUUCUUACCAAGGCUAGUCCACGUUUCAUGAAAGGAUCAGACCAACAACGUAUUCUUAGAAGGUAUUCAGGCUUAGCGUCGGAUGCAGCAGCCUUAACAAUAGAGUGCCACGAGCCAGUGGCCGAUGCGGUGGCUCUAUUGGAACAAGGUAGAGGCAUCCUGGCUGACCAUCAAUACGAGUCUCGACAAGAUCUCUCUGAUUUGAAGGCUGUAUAUCCCUAUCAAGCAUUGCAAUUCGAGAGCCUUUUAAAUCGAUUAAACGAUGUGCCUAGGAUCCCGGAUUCGCGCUAUUCCUUAGCGGAAGAGCUUCAAAACGUGGACCGGGAACUAGAUGCCGUGAUCGCGAGUAUCCGGAAGAAACCAGGAUUUGAAAGGUUCCUACUGCCCCCGAAUAUCAAGCAAAUAUACGACAUUAUCAAGCCAAGUACCGAUGCAAUUGUUAUAGUUAACGCCUCCUUCCGCUAUGACGCCUUUAUCCUCAGAUACGGGGAAAUUUCUAUCCUUCGACUUCCAGAUGCCUCGGAUGCUGUUGUUCGUAACUGGACUGGCAUUACCAAGCCCAAUAACAUCGCAUUGUUAGUUCCGAUGCCUAUAACUCCUGGAUUGAGGGAACUUCCUGCUGCUACAGUUGAGGUGGACAAGAUAAAAGUGGCAUUGGAGCCCGUAUACAACACGAUUUCGCUAUCUCCAGCAUUACGGCAAGACGUCAUUCAAAGCCUAUCCCAGGCCCACGUCUUCCAUUUUGCCGGUCAUAGUAAACUAGACUACGCAGACAUAUCACAAAGCUCCCUGCUUUUAACUGACGGCGGCCUUACCAUAUCCGACCUCCUUACCCUUCGGGGGAAAAAAUCGCCCUUGUGGCUAGCAUACCUUUCUGCUUGCAGUACGGGAGUAAACGCCUUUGUCGAUCUCGCAGACGAGGGUCUUCACCUGAUGGGAGCAUGUCAGAUUGUAGGAUGGCAAAACGUGACGGGGACGCUGUGGAGGGUGUCGGAUCACUUCAGCAUGCAGAUCGCGCUAGAUUUUUAUACGGGCCUAAGGGAU